AAAAAAAAAAAAAAGAAAACAAUAAGAACAUAAUGAACGAGUAACAAGUAUACGAGGCAGCUUUUCCAGUCUAUAAAAAUAAUUGAUGUUAAUUUCAGUUUUUCUUCAAUUGAUCAAAGUGAAAUUUAGCAGUUAUUUACCUCAGUUUCAAGGCAAUUUUAAGAACCAGAUUUUGCCAUGUACUCACACACCACACAAAUUUGACAACAAUUUUUAUCUCUCAUAUCCUUUACAGCUUUUCUGCCAGAAAUUUAAUUAAAAUCAAUCAAUUUUGCAUUACAGAUAAUUUAAGGCUUACCAAGUUUCAUUGAUUUACUUUCAAUAUUUGUUAAUGACUUGAGCUCGCAUUUCAUAUGUGCCCUCUUCAAUGGAGAUGUAAAUCGAAUGAAGAGUCAUCAUUGACAUUCUCAGGUACCUUCAAUUGACGGCAACACAUCAUAAUUUUUAUCUGAAAGCUUAGUUAUUUCAUAAUGAAGACAUUAUGUAAAAUGAAAUACAUCUCUGUCAUUGAAUCAUUUAUCAGUUUUACAAAUAGGAAAAUUACCACUUUUAUUCCGAAACACAAACCACCCAACGAUGAUGACAUUUUGAGAAUGCAGGAAUUUUUAUUAUGGCAUAACAAAAUAGUUGUGGUCACUGGUGCUGGCAUAUCUACAGAAAGUGGUAUUCCUGACUACCGAUCAGAGGGCGUUGGGCUGUACGCUCGCAGUAAUUCGCGACCCAUGAAAAUUCAAGACUUCAUCAAAUCUGAGGACUCUCGCAAGAGGUAUUGGGCCCGGAAUUAUGUCGGAUGGCCUCGAUUUUCAGCCUUCCAGCCCAGUGCAACUCAUUAUGCUGUUCGAGAUCUGGAAUUGAAGCAUAACAAGGUCACUUGUGUCGUAACACAAAAUGUGGAUCGAUUGCAUUCAAAAGCUGGAAGUAAAAAAGUAAUUGAAAUACAUGGAUCAUCUUACGAAGUUAUGUGCCUUAGUUGUGACUUCAGAAUUGACCGCCAAGACUUUCAAGAGAUUCUAACAUCCCUUAAUCCUACAAUGACAGAAACAUCAGAUUGCAUUCGGCCUGAUGGAGAUGUAGAUCUCUCGGAGGAGCAGUAUCAGAGUUUCAAAGUGCCUCCAUGUAUGAAAUGUGGGACUGGUGCCCUGAAACCAGACAUUGUUUUCUUUGGUGACAAUGUUCCUAAAUUACGUGUGGAAAAAAUCAGACAACAGGUUAACAAUAGUGACUCAUUACUGGUUUUAGGUACUUCAUUGACUGUAUUUUCUGGUUAUAGGAUAAUACUUCAAGCUGUAGAACUGAAACGGCCAAUUGUAAUAGUGAACAUUGGUGAAACUCGUGCUGAUCCUCAUGCAACUAUAAAAAUUGACUCUAUGUGUGGUGAUAUUCUUCCUAGUGCUUUGAAAUUUGAUGUAUUGGAAAAUGGAAAAUCAUCAUGAGGAUUAAUAUUAAAGUUCUGGUUCCUUUUUUAAAGGACAUGCUUAUGGAGUUUUUUGUUUGCUAGAAGAACCAACAUUUUUGCACAAAAUAGGCUAACAUGGAUUUUUCAACAAUGAAUUCAUAUGCAUCUUGUCUAGUGGCCCUCUUGUGUCAUUUAGUGCAGGUCUUUUUCGAUUUAUCAGAUGGAACCAUAGUUUUCAUAAGGUUUGGGUUAUUGCAAAAAUGUUCAGUUUUUCUGAGCAUAAGAUUUGAAGUUCAGAAUGACAGGUCUUGCCAGCAUCAGCUGAGAAGCUGAUGACUGAACCCUUUAGACAUACCUUCACAACAUUGAAUAACUGUUGGAAUUGUUCCUUGUCCAACAUGAUACUGAAGAAAAUCGUUCAAAAUAUUUGUCGCCCCUGAUGGGGUAGCCAAAAAGCCAUGAAAAAAAGCCAGCAGCUCUCUAUUCACCAUACACUUUUUAAAUUGAUACAAAGGUACCCAUUAGUAGAUGGAUUCUCUCAUAGCUAAAAAAAUGUCCUCCUAUUGUCACCAGAAAUGAUAAGAUAUGUAAUCUCUUAAGUUCCAAAAAUGGAUCCCAUAAGAGAGUAGGUUCAAGUGAAAUGACCUUGACGUCACUAAUCAUGAAUAAUCCCUCUCAGCAGUAGCGGAUAACUACCUCGCACUUGUAGGUGUCCAUUUCCAUAAGAGAAACUGGGAUCAAUUUCUGGCCUUGAGUACAGUUAGUUUGGUAGUACAGCCCAAUACAUCGGACUUUUACGGCUCCUUUUCAAUUUUAUACUUCCUACACGUUUGCUGCCAGAACUUAUGAGUCUUAAAAUUUAAUACAUCUGUUGUGUUCUUAAAUUAAUCAUUGAUUUCGGAGUUAGAUUAAGAGGACAGCAUGACAUGGUGAAGUUUUUCAGAACUAGUGAUGAAGAUUCUCCUUAAGAUACUGCAUGUUAAAUCUGUCCUUGAAAAAAUACAUUUUUCUUGUAUUUGUUUCGUUUUGAAUGUUGUUGUUGUUAUUGUUGAUUCUUAUUAAAAAAAUUGUAUAAGCGCAA